GGAAGCAGCGCGCAAAAUGUACCACUUGUAAAACAGCAGAGUUCGGCUCACUGAAUUGUAUCAGAGAUGUUCGAUAGGAUUGUAUUCUAGGCAGGAUGACAUAAGAACAUAAGAGUGAUGGAACCCGAUUCUCAAGUUGCGUCGCAGGAGCAAAUCAAGUCCGCUGAAAGGAUUUUGGAAGUUCUCAAACAAGUUUACCCAAAUGAGGAUGUAACCGGAGACGGAGAAGCUAGUGAGAAUGCAGUGUGCACAAUAGACACGGUCAGUCCUAUCGCAUUGUUGGAGAGGGCGGAGAAGUUUUUGAGAGCUAAGGAGGAACAUGGCGACAUGCAAGCCCGUUUUCUACUGGGGCAAAUACACUUUGAAAAGCAUCAGUAUGAGGAAGCCUUUAGGGCCUUCGACUCCAUCAAGGAUCAGGACGUGCAAGCCCUCUAUCAACUGGCAGUCAUGCAUUUCGAUGGCCUGGGGACACGCGCAGAUCCAGGUUUGGCCGUGGAGUACAUGAAGAGAGUUGCCCUGUCGGAUGAACAUGUGAAGUACGCUGCACUCUACAACAUUGGCCAGGCUUACCUGCAGGGCCAUGGAGUCAAGCCUUCUGAUAGUCAGACUGAAAGGUACUGGCUGCAAGCCGCUGCUGAUGGGAACCCCAAUGCCUGCAUCAAAGCUCAGACUGCCCUUGGCAUGUUCUACUCACGGCCUGAGUCACUGGACCUCAAGAAGGCAUUCUUCUGGCACUCGGAGGCAUGUGGGAACGGCAGCCUGGAGUCUCAGGGCGCACUGGGCAUUAUGUACCUGCACGGCAAGGGCAUCAGCAAGAGCAUGGAGUCGGCCAUCUACUGCCUCAAGGGGGCAGCAGAGAGGGGCAACGUCUAUGCACAGGGACAUCUGGUGGCCUGCUACUACCAGAGCAAGGUCUACGCCAAGGCUGUGGCCCUCGCGCAGAAAAUCAUUGAGUACAAGGAUAUCCAGGCCAUCGCCAAGACAACGGGAUGCCUGCCAGAGUUCGUUGCUAAGGGCAUUGCCAUAGCGCUCUUCCACUAUGGCCGCUGCCUACAGUUGGGCAUUGGCAUCUCACAGGAUAAGGCCCAGGCAGAGCUCUAUUACGCCAAGGCAGUCAAGAUGGAUGCUGAGGUGAGCAAAGAGAUACAGAUGGCCAUCACCCUGGGGAAAAUAUGACUGCAGCUCCAACAUCGCCUACUCAACCCAUCACCAUUCCACCAUCCAUCACCAUCCUGCAACAUCUACUCUUCCAUCUAUUGGUGCACUAUACCAUCAAUCACCAUUUAGCCACCUCAUACAAUCCAAUGCUGUUCAUGGCAUACCUGAUAUAUUGAAUCCUGUGUACAACAACAGUAAAGGGUUUUUUGUGUUGA